UAAUUGUGUGCUUUUCGAAAAUUUCUUCCUAAUGGUUUUUUUAUUUUAAGCCUCUUCGAAUUUGAAAGAUUUGGAGUUAACCAGUAGUGGAUUACAUCUGUUGCACGAGUAUCAGUUAUUGGUUUCAUCAUAUUAUAAGUUUUCUUUGUAUUGACGUUCUCUUUGAAUCAUGAAUGAAACGAAUCAGUCUGAGAACGAGAAAGAGCACGAGGAAUAUCAAUACUUGAAUAUAAUCAAAAAGGUGAUCAAAGAAGGGACAAGGAAAGAUGAUCGUACAGGCGUAGGCACGCUAUCAAUUUUUGGGACGCAAAUGCGGUUUACUUUACGAGACAACGUGUUUCCAUUACUAACUACAAAACGAGUGUUUUGGAAGGGUGUGCUGGAGGAGUUGCUAUGGUUUAUCAGAGGUUCAACAAACGCCAAGGAAUUGACUGAAAAAAAUGUUCACAUAUGGGAUGCGAACAGCUCACGUAACUUCCUGGACUCCUCUGGCUUUACAGACAGAGAGGAAGGAGAUCUGGGACCUGUCUAUGGUUUUCAAUGGAGACAUUUUGGUGCGGAAUACAAAGAUAUGCAUACAGAUUAUAGUGGACAAGGCAUAGAUCAAUUGGAACAGGUAAUAGAUAAGAUACGGCAUUCCCCGAAUGAUAGAAGGAUUAUAAUGACAGCAUGGAACCCAGUUGACAUACCAAAAAUGGCUCUGCCUCCUUGCCAUUGUUUCGUUCAAUUCUAUGUAAACAAUGGAGAAUUGUCGUGUCAACUUUAUCAAAGAAGCGCAGACAUGGGUCUUGGCGUACCGUUUAAUAUCGCGUCCUAUUCUUUGCUAACUUACAUGCUGGCACAUAUUACAAAUUUGAAGCCAGGUGAAUUUGUACAUACAAUGGGUGACUGUCACGUGUAUCUCAAUCACAUAUCCGCGCUUGAGGAGCAAAUAAAGCGUGUGCCAAAAUCAUUCCCAUGUUUAAAAAUCGUCAAGAACGUUGAAAAUAUAAAUGAUUUCACGGCAGAUGAUUUCGAACUGAUCGGAUACGUCCCACAUACAAAAAUCUCCAUGCCAAUGGCCGUUUAAAAACGGAGUGCGAACAAGCU